GUUAAUACAGAAGCAGAGAGCGGGAUUGUGGGUAGGACAUCCAUAGGUCAGCCUAUACUGCUGCUGUCUGUCUGUCUGAAGGAGAGAGUGAAGAUGAGGGGAAUCCGGGGGAUAAACCAGUUAUCGAAGAGGCUUUAUGGAGCUCAGGCUGCUCGUAAGGUGGAUGUCGCAGCAGCCGUGGAGCCACUAAAGUUUACGCCACAGGAAGUGCAGGUGACAAAAUUGCCUAGUGGUUUAGUUAUUGCUUCCUUGGAAAAUUAUUCACCUGCAUCUCGGAUCGGAGUGCUCAUCAAGGCCGGGAGCCGAUAUGAAAGGAUGGAUAACCUCGGAGUCACACACUUGCUGCGUCUGGCUGCCAGUCUGACGACCAAGGGUGCGUCUGCCUUCAAGAUCUGCCGUGGUAUUGAAGCUGUAGGUGGAAGCUUCAGUGUGUCAAGUUCCAGGGAAGCCAUGGUGUACACUGUGGACUGUUUGAGAGAUCAUAUCGACACAGUUAUGGAGUAUCUGAUCAAUGUGACCACUGCACCAGAAUUUCGCCCAUGGGAAGUGUCUGAUCUCACAGCCAAGGUGAAAGUGGACAAGGAACUUGCCAAGCAGACUCCACAGAUUGGUGUUAUUGAGAAUUUGCAUGCGGCAGCAUAUAAGAAUGCACUAUCCAAUUCCUUGUACUGUCCAGACUACAUGGUUGGCCAGAUUACCACAGAACAGAUGCACACUUUUGUUCAAAACAACUUCACAAGUGCAAGAAUGGCCCUUGUAGGUCUUGGAGUGGAUCAUGCUAUACUAAAGCAGGUUGGGGAGCAGUUCUUGAACAUCCGCAGUGGAACAGGCACUGUUGGUUCCAAAGCUGUGUAUCGUGGAGGUGAGCUUCGGCAUCAGACAGGAGGAGGACUGGCACAUGCUAUCAUUGUGAGUGAGGCUGCGAGUGCAACGUCAGCUGACACCACAGCGUUCAGUGUGCUGCAGCAUGUGCUUGGAGCAGGACCACGUGUUAAAAGAGGCUCCAACACUACAAGCACUCUGAGUCAGGCCAUCUCUAAAGUCACUGCUCUGCCCUUUGAUGCCUCUGCCUUCAAUGCCAUCUACUCGGACUCUGGACUGUUUGGAGUGUACACCAUCUGUCAGGCUAAGGAUGCCAAAGAUGUAAUCAAAGCAGCAGUUGGUGAGGUGAAUGCUGUUGCACAAGGAAACCUUGCAGCAGCUGAUCUCAGCAGAGCAAAGAAUCAGUUGAAGGCUGAGUACCUGAUGUCUAUUGAGAGUUCUGAGGGUUUAAUGGAAGCAAUUGGUACACAAGCACUCAUAGAGGGCACCUACCAUUCCCCAGAGGCCAUAGCCCAGAAAAUUGAUUCUGUGUCUUCAGCUGAUGUUGUCAAUGCAGCAAAACAAUUCAUGUCUGGCAAAAAGACCAUGGCCUCCAGUGGACACCUAGUCAACACACCUUUUAUUGAUGAAAUCUGAUGAGCAACCAGUACUCUUACAUAUUUUACUUUUAAACAAUGUGUAACUUGUCUUUCAAAAAAGAAAAAGAGGAAAUGUUCCUGAUUUCUGUGUUGUUGCUGUCCAAACAAAUAUAAUAAUGUCAUGAACAGUUGAUAUUUGUAAUUAUUAUAUAAAGUGGAGUAAUAUCAAGAGAGGAACUUGGCACUUGUCCAUUUGAAAUGUAUAGAUGUAAAUGAAUAAAGUAUCUAUGAAUCAGCAC